CGUUACUCGUCUCACUUCACUCAUAUCACUACUCGGCGACUCAGAUCUGACUCUCUCUCCCUCUCUCAACCCCUACGAUUCAGGCAAUACUUUGAGAAGGCAGCAUGCGUCGUGGAGUGAGUAGUGGAGGGGGAGGUAGCUCGUUGGGUUAUCUUUUUGGAGGUGGAGAAGAUGGUCAGACACCUGCCCCAAAAAAAGUUGAAGCUCCUAAGGUUCAGGUGGAGGUUGAACCUACUCCAAAGCCAACUGCUGCGGCACCACCUCCGGAAGUGAUCAAUAAGGAGACUCCAGCUGGCGUUCCUGGGAACACUUCAAACAACUACUUCCGAGCUGAUGGCCAGAACCGUGGAAACUUCCUCACCGAUCGUCCUUCCACAAAGGUUCAUGCAGCUCCUGGUGGGGGUUCAUCACUCGAUUACUUGUUUGGAGGUGGUGGCCAGUGAGGCUUUUUGAAGUUGGAAUUGUCAUUUUCAGUCCUCUGAGACUCCUGUAGAUGAUUUCUAUGCUGUAAUACUGUGCUGCUUCCUGCGGCUGGAAUUUGCGAAUGAGCUUUGUUGAUUU